AUCACUGAUCGCAGCCUUGAGAGUGACGAAGCUGGGGCUUGGCUACGAUACGUUCUUUACUGGCAGCAUUGACAAACUACCGGGGCGCAGGGUUAGCAGCCAUUCCCUGAAGUGCACAUGCAUUUCAUUUGCCACGAAAUUUGGGGCCAACCCGAAUGAGAUUCUCCUUCUUGGUUACCACUGCGGAGGGUAUCAGAUGGCUAUCACGUACGGUAGAGAUGCAGCUUCUCCAUCUGUGCUUCUGCUGGAGAAGGUUUUGAAGGCUGUGCGUGAUGGACGGUUUCGCCCAGACGAGACCCGCAGUGGACGUUUUGUCAGCGUGUCCAAACCUGUGCCAAUUGUCGAGAUAAAGGACGAAGAGUUCUCCGUUGUUUCCGCAGGAUCGCUUGUAGAGGAGCCUAGAAGUCCUCCUGAGCCACACCCCGAGGCGGAUGAUGAUCAGCGUGUGACGACUUCCUCCUCCAGUGAGUCCUCCACUUCACCCAGCUCUCGUGGGGCAGGCAAGCCGAGUGUGUUCGUUAAAACAUUCUUGCCAUCGGCGCCGGAGGGUAUGUCCACCAUUAUCGAGAGCGAAGCUGCUUUCGAGAAAAGGUGCUUGGAGCUCAAGAGUGAUGGCUCUCUUCUGGCGGGCAUGGCUGGUCAAGGCUUGAAGAGUUAUCGUUCGCUUGCCUUCGCCCUUGGUACCCCGCAGACUGCACCUAAUGAUGCGGCUUAUGAGGGGCUAGCGGCAAAGGUGUAUGCGACUGGAGCCCCUAGCUUGGGAGACUUGGCCACGGUUCGUCAGCUGCACUUUGAGGCAACCACUCUUGUGAUCCAAACCUACAAGGAGCUGGUUCACCAAGAGUCUGCUGAAUCCAGCAUGCGGAAGCUCCCGCUUCCCGAAAAGCGGGCGAGGAGGGAGAGCCAAAUCAAGCGGCUGGCUGGCCUCAGCAUCGAAGGAGAGCUUGAUCCUUCUUUUCAGCUGAUUGACAGCUGCAAUCAUCAGAUGGAGACCUCCAUAAUCUUUUGGCUUGCUCCUUCAAAGUGUCCGAAAAGAGAGAUCGAGGUGCUGGCUGGUUUUCGUGAGAAGCCGUCGACCCUUCAAGUGGAGCAAAAUGUUGUCAAGCUUGGGCAGGGUCCCCAAGCCUUGGAGUGCGACACCUCAGACAGCUUGAAGUGUCAGUGGGCAUGGAUGCGUACGGGGCUAGCCUACGAUCAGUGCAACAUGAUCUCGCAUGCCACGCAUCAGAAGUGGGUCCAACGUUUGCUAGACUCGUUGUCUACCACACCGCCGCCAGGAUACAGUGCCAUUAGUCUGUCCCAGUGCAUCCGCGCUGACAAGGAGCUCUUCCUGCUCAUGUCUCAAGAGAAUCUUUCUAGCUUCAAGGCCGGAGUUGGGGGGGUUCUUCCGUUGGACACGCUGAUGAAUAGGCUCAUGUAUGAUGUCAGAGUCAGCCAGUUUCUGCUUCCUCUUCCCAAAGGCAGUGCAGCCGGCAGUGGCGGGGACAUCAGAGGAAGCGUUGCCAUCUUUGAGUGGCUGUUUAAAAGCAGAGGUGGGAAGAACUGGGCCUGCAAAACGCGUGUGCACUUCUUCUCCGCCUAG